AUGCGAACAAUGAAAUGCGAAAAUGUUGAUGGAUUGAAGAAGCGAAGAAGAAAUGAGGGAGUAGGGAAGAAGGGUAGGGAAGAAAGGAGAGAGUGGAUGAAAGGAAGGGAGAGGGGGAAAAGUGUGGGGAAGAAAGGAGAUGGAGAAUGUGCAAUCGAUAAAGAAAGAAAGGAUGUUGGGAAGGAGGGAGAGU